UCACCUGGUUUAGAUGCUGUUGUCGGGUUCCGUCCAGCUCACCGCACCGCGUCCGCGUUCAAUCCUCGCACUAUAUUCUUCUUCUGCACCUUCAAAAGGAACAGAACUCCCUUACUACAUACUACAACUGUAGUACAACAGGGACAUUUCAACGGUACAGGGUACAUCGGUAUUUUCCAAAUGAACACAAAGCGAUAGAUAGCUGUAGCUGUCAGACGCCCAAAGUGUUGCGUAUUUAGGACAAUACUGGUCUACCACCGCUUUCUUUGGUUUCUGCGUUUCGUUUCUUUCAGUCAAAAUUCGAUUGUGUGAACAACAUGAAGAUGUCUCCCCCAGACCGAAGGAAAUACGUGCGUGAUCUGGCGCUGGAGAUUGCAGUAAGAGUGCUGCUAUUCGGAGUUUUUGUGUUCACAGAGUUCCUGGAGCCUUUUGAAAGAGUUAUCCAACCUGAGGAACUAUGGCUCUACAAGAACCCUCUGGUGGAAUCAGACCACAUCCCAAAGAGAGUCAUGUUUGCAAUUUCAUUCCUCACCCCGCUGGCUGUGAUAUUUGUGGUGAAGAUUAUACAGAGGACAGACAAAACAGAAAUUAAAGAGGCUUGUUUAGCAGUAUCCCUCGCACUGGCUUUGAAUGGUGUCUUCACAAAUACCAUCAAGUUGAUAGUUGGCAGGCCAAGGCCAGACUACUUCCACCGCUGUUUCCCCGAUGGACAGAUGAAUGCAAAGAUGCUGUGUACUGGAGAGCAAGACCUGGUGUCUGAGGGCCGGAAAAGUUUUCCCAGCAGCCAUUCUUCCUAUGCUUUCUCUGGUCUGGGCUUUACUUCAUUAUACUUGGCAGGCAAGUUGCAGUGCUUCACAGCUGCUGGACGCGGGCGCAGCUGGCGUCUCUGUGCCAUGAUCCUGCCUCUCUACAGUGCAAUGAUGAUUGCUCUGUCCCGCACCUGCGACUACAAGCAUCACUGGCAAGAUGCUUUUGUUGGGGGAUUGAUCGGCCUCUUCUUUGCCUACAUCUGUUAUCGGCAGCACUACCCACCCAUCCUGGAUGUAGACUGCCACCUGCCAUAUGCUAGUCUGCAUGCAGCAACUGCCCACAACAUGCCAGCCUCCCAGGAUCAACCUCUGCCCAUGGAUAAUGCCACCAGCCUCCCUCUGGAGGGCAUGACCGAGGGACCAGUAUGACUAAUAGAGACCCCCCCCAAGGCGCACAUCCGUCUGACCCCCUACUACACCAAUGUAGUAUGAACCACACUUAACUAGCACUUCAACAUUCCAAUGAAUUAGACAGAUACAUUUUGUUUAUCUCUCUCUCUCUCUCUCUCUCUCUCUCUCUUUCAAUCAUUAUGCAGAGUUACAGUUCCUGAUUUCUUAUCAGUUAUAAUUAAUUUAAUGACGGAGUAUUGGCAAGUUUGAACCUUGGACAAUAUGUAUAAAAUGUGUUUGUGCAAGAAUCUCUCUUUAAAGAUAAGUACCAUGGUACACAAAAGUUGUAAUUAUUCAGUGCUAUUAUAUAUACUGAGGUACCUCUUCUAUGUUUUUGUAUAGGUUUUCUAUUACCCAAAUAGCAGGGAGAGAAGUUGAUCUUAAAGUGAAAUUCUUAUUCUUAGAGGUUUCACUCAUAAACAUGUAAAUCUUGGAUUGAAAUCCUAAAUCAAUUCUUUAUUUGUUUCCUUGUUCCUAUAUGGCUUUGUGUUGAUUCAUUAGCAGGUGUGCAUGCAUGUUAACAGUUAGUGUGGAACAUUGCUAUGUACCAUUGCUUUUCCACAUAUUGCAUACCAGGCACAGAGGAAUUAGAAUGGCAGAACAGACUCGCUAGCAAAAAAAAUCAGCCACAUUACAAAUCAGCCACUAUGUAGAAACAAUACAACAGUGGAAGGUUGACUAAACUUAAGUAAUUAUGCCUGAAAACACUGCUCAGUAAGUAAAUUGUAUUUAUAUAGCACAUUAAACAUAGCAAAGCUAUCCAAACUGCUGAAAAAUGUAAAAUAAAAUUAAAAGUAAGAGGAAUCACAGAAAAGAAGCAAACAAGACAUAUAAUACAAUAAAACAGCAAUGAAGUGAAAUUAAAAUGCUAAGGAGAAAAGAUACAUUUUCAACCUCAAUUUAAAUAUGGUAAUGGAAGAUGCAAGUCUAGAGGCAAUUGGUUCCAAAGACGGGGGGCAGUGACAAAAAAGGCUCUGUCACCCUUAGUUUUCAAACGGGAAUGAGGGACAGAUAAAAGAGCCCUGUCAGCAGAUCUUAAAAGUCUGGUAGAUGGCAAAGGGAUGAUAAGAUCUUUAAGAUAAGAUGGAGCUAUACUAUUAAGAGCUUUAAAAACAAACAACAGAAUCUUAAACUGAACUCUAAAAUGGACCGGAAGCCAGUGAAGAGAAAAUAAAAUUGGAGUGACAUGGUCAUAUUUCUUUGCCCCAGUCAGU